UGUGAGCCUGCACUCAGUCAGUCUCUCUCUCUCUCUCUCUCUCUCUCUCUCUCUCUCACUCUCUCUGUGCAUGUGUAAAGUGAUGGGAUUGAUUAUGUGGUUGUGGCUGGUGGGAUUUAUUGUUGAGAUGGUCAGGGUUUGUGGUGCAGGCCUGUCCUGUGGUCUGCAGAGCAGAUUUGUUUCAGAGAGCUUGUAUAAAGAGGGAGAUGUGAUAAUUGGUGGUCUGUUUCCAGUUCAUGUUGAAUCACCAAAACCUGAUCAUGCUUUCAGUGAAAAACAGCAUGGUGCUCGCUGCCAUGGUGUUGACCUUCGUUCAUACCGCUGGCUCAAAGCUAUGAUUUUUACCGUGGAGGAGAUUAAUCGGGACCCUGUUCUGCUACCAAAUGUUACUUUGGGGUAUCUGGUAGCCGAUACCUGCCUAGCUGAGGGCACAACACUGAGUGCUGCUUUAGCUCUGGUAACAGGGCAGGAGGAGACAGUGUCAGGUGCAGAGUGUAACGGGGCUCCAAUGGUGCCUGUCAUUGUCGGUGACGCUCGUUCCUCUGCCUCGGUAGUGGUGGCUGACACACUGGGAGUGUUUGCUAUCCCCAUGGUGAGUUAUUUUGCAUCCUGUGCUUGUCUCAGUGAUAGUCGCAGAUUUCACUCUUUCCUGCGUACUGUUCCCAGUGAUGCCUUCCAGGCCAAGGCCAUGGCCCGUCUGCUGCACCUGCUGGACUGGACCUGGGUGGGGGUGGUCGCAGGGGAUGAUGAAUAUGGUAAAAGCGGCUCACAGCUGCUCUUGAAAGAGCUCGAAGGUACAGGGGUGUGUGUGGACUAUGUAGAAGUCAUUCCCAAAUCCCAUUCCCAGAGCAGGAUCAGGCGGAUUAUGGAGAGGAUCCAGAGUUCCACAGCUCAUGUGGUGGUGACCUUUGCCAUCGGCCCAGACCUUGAAGUUUUGUUCAAGGAAGUGGUGGUGCAGAAUGUGACCAACAGGCAGUGGAUAGCCACAGAGGCCUGGAGCACCUCCACUCAGUACUCUGACCCAGCAAGCAUUCCUUUUCUAGCCGGUACCAUCGGCUUUGCCCUGCGCCGAGCUGAUAUUCAGGGUCUUGGUGCUUAUCUUGCCCAGCUGAGCCCUGUGAAGCAGCCAAAUGAACCGUUCGUAAAAGAUGUAUGGGAAGAAAUAUUUGGAUGUUCACUGGCACAGGACUGGCAGCCUUCUAAAAGACCAAAGUGCACAGGUUCAGAGAAUGUGGAGAAACAUGGACGCAUCUACACAGAUGUUUCACAACUGAGAGUCACUUACAACGUGUAUAAGGCUGUGUAUGCUAUUGCCAAUGCUAUUCACAACAUGAUGGCCUGUCAACCUGGUAGAGGGCCAUUUAAAGAUGGAGAAUGUCCGGAUGUGACCAGGAUAAAGCCCAGACAGCUUCUGCACUACUUAAAUGCAGUAAACUUCACAACACCAGUGGGUGAGCUGGUUUAUUUUGAAGAUAACGGCGAGCCAUCUGCCUCUUAUGACAUUAUGAACUGGCAUGUAGAUGAAAGUGGAGCAGUGCAUUUUAUCCAGGUUGGACAGUUUGAUGCAGCCAAAGGACCAGGCCAGGAGCUGAACAUAAACCUUGAGAAAGUGGUUUGGGGUGGGGGCUGGGCUGAGCAGGUUCCUGUAUCUGUGUGCAGUGUGAGCUGUCCUCCGGGCACUAGAAAGGCUGUACAAAAAGGAAAACCCAUCUGCUGUUUUGACUGCCUCCCUUGUGCAGCAGGGGAAAUCAGCAAUGUGACAGACUCUACAGAGUGUACAAGAUGCCCUGAGCGGUUCUGGUCAAAUACUGAAAGAACAAGGUGCAUUCCAAAAGUUGUAGAAUUUCUGUCCUUGCAAGAUACCAUGGGAAUUGUCCUGACAGUCUUAUCUGUCACUGGGGCAACACUGACAACAACUGUUCUGGCUGCUUUUUUCCAUCAUCGUGAGACACCCAUUGUGCGGGCUAACAACUCAGAGCUGAGCUUCUUGCUAUUGGUGUCACUCACCCUCUGCUUCCUGUGCGCACUAGUUUUCAUUGGCCGCCCUGCGCCAUGGAACUGCAUGCUACGUCACACCCUGUUUGGAGUGAGCUUUGUGAUCUGCAUCGCCUGCGUCCUUAGUAAGACUGUGGUGGUGCUGGUGGCUUUUCGGGCCACUCUACCUGGAACUAACCUGAUGCAGUACUUUGGGCCCAUCCAGCAGAGGACAGGCAUCUUCCUUUGCACGAUGGUUCAGAUUGUUAUAUGUUUGCUGUGGCUGCUGAUGGCUCCCCCUCUGCCCACAGAGAGUGCAGGUGAGCUUGGUGCUCGAGUGAUCCUGCAGUGCACAGUGGGAUCUGUUGUGGGGUUUGUACUGGUGCUAGGGUACAUCGGUCUGUUAGCAGUGAUCUGCUUCCUGCUGGCCUUCUUUGCUCGAAAGCUCCCAGACAAUUUCAAUGAGGCUAAAUUCAUUACUUUCAGUAUGCUGAUCUUCUGUGCAGUGUGGAUUGCAUUUGUGCCGGCGUACGUCAGCUCACCGGGGAAGUACACAGUGGCUGUGGAGAUUUUUGCCAUUUUGGCUUCCAGUUACGGCCUGUUGCUGUGCAUAUUCACCCCAAAAUGUUACAUCAUUAUGCUUAAACCUGAGAAAAAUACAAAAAAGAACAUGAUGGCCAGAUAAGGUUUACAAAUGCAAGACUUCUGAGAGAGGGCAACAUUUUUACUGACUGCGAUGUUUAUUAUCACAAAAUAAAUAAAUUAAUAAAUAUGCAUUUAGUCUAAUUAAACAUUUUAUUCUAUAUGUUAUAGGUGUUUUGUUUUUAUAUUUGUAUAUGUGUAUUUCAAUGUAUUGUCUCAGUAAACAAUAUGAUUUGAAUAAACAGAAAAAUCCUCCUGUUCAUUUGUCCUUGGAUGACAUCUUCCACAAAUAACCACUUCCGCUGUGCAGUGACACUAGUCCCCUUUCAAACACACUACAGAGAGAUAGCUGGGUUAUCAGUAGUCACUUUGUCCACAGUUAUUAGCCAUCAUGGGACUGACAGACAUUUACCAGAUCUUAAUUGUAGAUUGAGCCUGUACAAGAAUGCAAGAUGGAAGGAUAAAGGAAGGCACCGUCUACAAAUGAAUGGUAAAACAUGGCGAAGACUUCUGUGUAAAGCACAAAGCAAAUUAUCAGUGAGUGAUAAUGGAAUGUUUAGUACUAAAUUCAUUAAACUGAUGUCAAUGUAGGAUUUGAGGUUGAACCAGACACAAAUAAAUAAUAGUAAUAAUAAUUAUACCUUUUACAUAUAGAUGCCUUUCAAGGCACUCAAGGACACCAUACAAUAUAAAGCAAGGCAAUAAAAUUUAAAGCAUACAAAACAAACACACAUCAAACAACCAAAUCAUUAAAAGCUAUUCUAAACAGAUACGGUUUUAUCUGAGCUUUAAAAUGAGAAAUUGAAUCCAGCUGGUGAAUGUUGUUACAUUCACGCCUUCCCGGACUCCAGUUCCCAGCAUCCUCCUGUUCUCCACACCUGUCUUCACUUCCCUCUUCAGUCUUCCCGCCAUCGCUCCGGAUUCCCAGCGCCUGUUUGUCCUCGUCAGCACUCCCUUUUAUUUGGACUCACUCCAUGCACUCCUUGUUGGUUAUAUUGUUUGAUACAUGUGUGUUAUGCUGCUUGUCUGUUCCUUGUUGACAUUAAAACCCUUAUUAUUGUGGAUUCCCGUACUCGCCUCAUCUCUACAGCACAGCACGCUAACAAAUGUGCAGUGGUAAAGCAUUCCAUAACUUAGGCACUGCACAACUAAAAGCCCUACCUGUCAUGGUUCAGGGUGCAUCAUUUUUUUUCAUCCUGUUGUCUGUGUCCUGUCAUUUUCUGCAGCUUGUGACCUGGGCAAUCAGUGCUGAUUUUGCAGCGCAGGUGCACAGAUCACAAGCUGAUUUCCCUCAACUGUCACUCACUCCCGUUCCCCUUAUAAUCUCUGUUGUGUCUCACCUUUUUUGUCAGUAAAUCACUUCGUGCUUGUCUCAUGUUUCUUUUUCCUUCGUUCUGUUUGUGUUCUGUGUUUUACCUGUUUCGCCGUUUGUGCCCAGGACACUUAGACGAGAAGUGACAGCUGAUCGUUGCCCUCGCUGUUCUCUCGGACUCGCCUCGUUCCCCGUCCAGUGUGGGCACUGUAUCUUGGGUGGUCUCCACUUGUGCAGUCCGCUGAGCACAGACAGCUCUGGAGAUCCCAGACAUUUUAUAUAUUUUUUUGUUGUUCACUUUUGUCACUACUUUGGAGGUUGUUGUUCCCAAAGUUUAAUAUACACUGUUCACGCUGUAACAGACAAGCCUGUUACUAAGUCUUUUGUCUGCAGUUUUCUUCCUCACUGCUAGGGCUGCUAUAGCACCUAAUUGAGCUCCUUAAGUA